UUGUCUUAGAGCAGCACAGAGAGAGAGAGUGAGAGACGGGGAGGAGAGAGGAAAGAAUGGCUGAGAGCUUGGGGCAGAAUCUUCGCUGCACCAUCUGCGCCCACAUCUACUCGGAGCCCGUCACCUUGGACUGCGGCCACAACUUCUGCCGGGCGUGCGUCUUGGGGCGGUGGCGCGGAGAGGAGGGAACCGUCGCAUGCCCGCAGUGCUGCCAGGGGUUCCCCAGGAGGGAUCUGAAGACCAACCAGCUCCUCGCCACCCUGGUGACCAGCCUGGGCCUGUUGAACCUGGGACCCAGCCCCGCGGUUGGCAUGGGACGGUGCCCGUCCCACUGGGACCACCCGAUGCUCUUCUGCCCGAAGGAUCUCACCCUGGUCUGCCCCAGCUGCCUGGCGCAAGGAUCGGAGGGCAGGAACUCGUUGAUCCCCACAGAGGAAGCCUUUGCCCUCUGCCAGGAGAAGCUGGAGAACUCGGCGACAUUCCUGGAGAAGAGACUGGAGGAGUACAGAGAGGCAGAGACCAGCCAGGCGUCCAGAACCUCCCAGACGGUGGAGUUGGCGGACAGUCUCCGGGAGAGCAUUGAGGGGCAGUUCGACACCAUGCACCAGUUCUUGCGGGAGCAGGAGAACGACCUGCGGGAGCGGCUGGGACACGAGUCCCAGGGGGUGGUGCAGACCCUGGAGGCCAACCUCAGGCUGCUGGACAAGAGAAGCAACUCAGUCGAGAAGCUGAUCGCGGAGAUCCGCUCUCUCAUCAACGUCAAGGAUCGCGACAGGCUCCUCACGGAAGUGAAAGGCAUUCUCCAAAGGAGCGACUUGCACCGGGAGCCGGUGCUGCCGCCGCCCGAGCUGAGUCUGGGCGAGUUCCGGGGGCCGCUGCAAUACGCGGCCUGGAAGCGCAUGCUGAGGGUCGUCAGCCCAGUGCCGGCCCCGCUGACCCUAGACCCGGACUCGGCCAGCCCCUGCCUCAUCCUGUCCAAGGACCACACCAUGGUGAAGCGCCGGGCCAAGCUGCGGCAGACGCCGGCGAGCAGCAGGCGUUUCACGGUGUGCGCCGCGGUGUUGGCCGCCCAGGGGUUCUCCUCUGGCCGCCACUACUGGGAGGUGGACGUGGAGACCUCGCCCGCCUGGAUCGUGGGCGCAGCGGGCGAGGCGGCGGAGAGGGGCGAGGAUGUCCCCCUGACCCCCGACAACGGCUUCUGGACGGUGAGGCUGUGGAACGGCAAGGUCCACUGGAGCGGAGACGGCACCGCCGGCUCGGCCUCCUGCUCCGACCUCCGGCCCGACAGGGUGGGCGUCUUCCUGGACUAUGAGGGCGGCCAGCUCUCAUUCUACGAUGCCCGCCGCAUGUCUCACCUCUGCACCUUCCACCACUGCUUCAGCGGACCCCUCUACCCGUUCCUAUACCCGCUGAGCGGACCCGAUACCUCCGACACUGAGGUGCUCAGGCUGUUCCACCUGCGCUUGUAG